UGGAAACAAUUUCUAAUUGCGGGAAGGAAAGAGCGCGAAAUUUCUGUUUCGAUUUUCGAUUCCAACUUCUACGGGAAUAUUGUGAAACAUUUUGUUUAAUACUGACACGCCGAUCGUCGCCAUGAAUUCACACGAUCAUAGAUCAAAUAUAAACGAUAAACUUGGCAAAGUCUCGGUUGUCCUCGGGGCUCAAUGGGGUGACGAAGGCAAAGGCAAGGUCGUUGAUUUAUUAGCAGGGAAUGUUGAUCUGGUUUGUCGUUAUCAGGGUGGUAAUAAUGCUGGACAUACUGUUUCUGAUGGUGCUACAACUUUCUUUUUUCAUGUAAUUCCAAGUGGCAUUAUUCACAAAAAUUGUAAAAGCAUCAUUGGCAAUGGAGUUGUGAUCCACAUUCAACAAUUGUUUAAUGAAAUUGAUGAGAAUGUCAAGAAAGGGCUUACUGGAUGGGAAGAGCGAUUACUCAUAUCUGAUCGAGCUCAUAUUGUGUUUGACUUUCUUCAACAAGUUGAUGGCAUCCAGGAAACCUCACAACGUAAAGUCAGUCUUGGCACAACUAAAAAAGGAAUUGGUCCGACAUAUGCAGCUAAGGCUUCCAGAUCAGGAAUAAGAAUAUGUGAUUUAAUUGGGGAUUUUGAGUAUUUCAAGGAAAGGUUCCAGUCAUUAUCAGCUUUCUAUGAGAGAGCAUAUCCUGGCUUGAAGAUAAAUGUUGAUGAAGAACUUGAAAAAUAUAAGAAAUGUGCUGAGAAGAUUCGACCUUAUGUAUGCGAUACAGUCAGUUUCAUGCACUCCGCUUUGGAGCAGAAGAAACGAAUUCUCGUCGAGGGAGCAAAUGCCAUGAUGUUGGAUAUCGACUUUGGAACGUAUCCAUUUGUAACUUCCAGCAGCUGUUCGUCUGGCGGUGUGUCUGCGGGGCUUGGGAUCCCCCCCAGAACGAUUGGUACAAUUAUAGGUGUUGUGAAAGCAUAUACCACGAGGGUUGGACCAGGGGUCCUACCUACGGAACAGUUAAAUGAAAUUGGCGACACUCUUCAAAGAGUUGGAAGAGAGUUUGGUGUUACGACUGGCAGACGAAGGAGAUGCGGUUGGCUUGACCUGGUCGUUGUUAGAUACACAAACAUGAUCAACGGCUACACGAGUUUAGCUGUAACUAAACUGGACAUUCUUACGAAUCUUGGUGAUCUGAAAAUCGCAAUAAAUUAUACAUAUAAGGGAGAAACACUCUCGUCUUUUCCAGCAUCUUUGGAAAUUCAAAACGAAAUGCAAGUUGAGUACAUAACAUUACCCGGAUGGACGGAAGACAUCGGAAAUGUUCGGAAAUUUGAAGAUUUACCCGAAGCCGCACAAAACUAUGUCAGAACCGUGGAAAAGUACACAGGCCUACCAGUUGAAUAUGUUGGAGUUGGUCCAACACGCGACGCCAUGAUCAAAUUAUUUUAGAAUUCCUCAUUUAUUCCGUUCUGUUCUGCCAUUUUUAACUAGUUGAAUGUCAUAUUGUCCAAGUAGUUAAUUUCGUCCAACUUAGACAAUAAGAGAGACACUAGAUUGGUUACUAGAUUAGAUAGGUUUUUUCCUCAUAAAUAUAAAUUCUUUAACCACUUA